AGCUUUUACCGGACUACACUGCUACGUCCCGAACUGCACACUGUAAACUGCACACUGUAAACUGCACACUGAGAGCUAAGGUGCGCUAAGCAACCCAUCCUGUUUAUCGAAUUAAACGAAAGAUCAGCCGCAGUUGUUCACCGCUACCAACGUCUUCGAUGAAGCCUUCGCGGUCAUCCCACGCCAACAUCGCUCGCGACGUUACAGCCAUAGAAGGCCAGACGCCUGCAAGUUGCCCCCCUAGCACGGGGUUUUCCGUUCUUGGGCUGAAUCACCCUGGCACUGGCACGUUUGGCUUCCUUAUCCUGGUGUCACCUUGUGCGAAAGUGAUUCCCGGUCUAACGAAACCUUCAUGUCUAGGAAUAUCCUCUUGGGGAGGAUGUUGCGGUUUAGAUCAGCUAUGUUGCCGGGGAGUUUUCUGUUGCGAAGCCGGGUUCGGCUGUGGCGGGUCGGAGUCGAUACCCGCGUGCCGCUCCGGGUCUGCCUGCUUCACAGCCUCGACUGCAACAAGCAUGUCGGCCAGAGCCACAGCGCCGGGAAUUAUCGGUCCGACUACCCUGGAACUCGGAGUCUCCUAGCGGCAGUGCCGUAACCUGGGAGUCGUCUAGCUCGAGCCGUCUGAGUGGUGAGACGAUUGCCGGGGUCGCAGU